AUGCCCUCGCCGCCCGCCUCGCCUCCCUCGCCGCGCUCCCCGACCUCCGCGCCCACCUCGCCUCUUUCCCGCUCCCUGCUCCGCCGCUCGCGCGCCUCCGCGCUCGAAGCCUUCGGUUCCCUCCCGGCCGCCCCGCGCCGGCCUGCGGAGGCGUACAACGUCGUCAUCGAACUACACGCGCGGGACGGCGAACAUGACGCCGCCGUCGAGGCGUUCCGCCGCAUGGUCCGCGAGGGCGCGCUCCCGAAUGCACACACCUACACCGUCGUCAUCGCCCAACUCGCCUCCGCGGGGUUCGUGGACCAGGCGCUCGAGGUGUUCCGCAUCCUGCCGUCGCUGCGCGUGCGGCGGACCACCCGGCAGUACAACGUCCUCGCCGAGGCGCUUGCGUCGGCAGGUAGGUUCGACCAGCUUCGGUGGCUCGUCCGCGAGAUGGCGGCCGUGGACGGCGUCAUGCCCGGGCCGCAGAUGCGCGCUGCCAUCGCCGCCAUGCGGGAGGCUGGCCACAUCGAUGGCACGGAGGACUUCGUCGAGGAGCUUUCACCCAACGCAAGGAUCGGGUACGCCGUGGACGACGUCGAGGGCGAGGGAGACAGCGAGGCGGAGGAUGACGAGGAAGGCGACGACAAGGACAGAAGCAACGGAGAAAAGCAGACACUGAAGCCAUGGCUGGACCCGCGCGAGCUCGCCAGGGCGUUGGACAGCUGGGACUCACGGGAGGUGGCCGAGCUCGAGGGCGCCGGGCUCGUCUGGACACCGCGGCUGGUAUGCAAGCUCCUGCGCGCAUUCAAUAAGGCCGAGACUGCGUGGGAGUUCUUCUGCUGGGUGGCGUGCCGCCCCGGCGGGUUCGCGCACGACCGCCACACCGUGGCGAGGAUGGUGGCCAUCCUCGCCCGCACUGGCCACGUCGAGCUCGUGGAGCGCCUGCUCGCCAAGGUGCGCGCCGACGGCAUCCUCCUACCGCUCGCCACCGUGCGGCUCGUCAUUGACUUCUACGGCUCUCCAAGAAGACCGACGCGGCGGUGA